AUGGUUGUGAGGAAGCUAACAUCCGCCCUGGUGGCGUUCUUCAUACACUUUCCCAACCUUUGGCCCGACUGCAUACGAUCAUUGUGUGUUUCAAUGUCUUCAUCGUCACCUUGGCCGGUAGAAAUCACUGCUGUACCUCCCGAGAUAUCGACGAUCCUCUGGGACGUCGACUCACGAAAGCUGCAAACCGUUCUCUGGUUCGCUGGGUCGUUGGUUGAAGAAGCAGGUAAAAUUGACGCCAACGCUAGCAAACACUUGGGCAUAUACGAAGCCAUUGCCAGCAAUAUUUCCGAUGUUGUUGCACUCAUGAGCCACUGUUUUUCAGCUGGGUUCUCACAAACCAGCGAGGACCGCAGUCUCCAAGGAGACUGCAUUAAGACCUUACAGUCUUGGAUUCUCUUUUCUCAGCGGCUAGCUGCGCGAGGUGACGAGACGAUUCCGUUGCUUCGUUCUUUGAUCCCCCCCGUCCUGUCAGCCCUAUCGAUUGCCGAUCUAUUCGAAGCCGCCGCUGAGCUUCUCUCCGAUACCCUAUUGAACUACUCUGGAUUCCUUCUUGAGGCCCACUACGAGGCCCUCUUCUCGCUUCUCCUAGAAGACUCAGCGCGAGGUCGCUACCAGCGACUCGUUGAUGGAGACUUCGACUUUGAGUCUGUCCAGUUUGGGCAGUUGAUGCUAGCCUUGGGCGACUCCAAGGUCCAACUGCUUAUUGAGAACACAGGCGACCGUAGCCAAGACUUUCUCACGAGGCUUCGUGGGCUGCUCCACGCGCAGGGCUAUCCAAUCAGCGACGAUAGGAUAUUUGUUCCUGCACUGGAGUUUUGGUCUACCUUUGUAGAGACUCUUGUCGAUUGCAUGUGCUCCGAUGAUCAUCAGGCUCAGCCCUGGGUGUCUGCGGCAUCGUCACAUGUUGUGGAGCUUGUCUCAGGCAUCUGGCGCAAGGUGAUCUUCCCGCCUGCACAGGACUUUGCGGAGUGGGACUCAUCCGACCGCAUAGCUUUUGUUGAUGCGAGGAAAGAUGUCGCAGAUCUCUUACAGUCAUCGUUUACUAUCAUAGGGUCUCGUCUUGUGUCUUCUUUUGCGGACUUGGUGCUUUCAAGCCUGGCAUCUGGACAUUGGUUGGAACUGGAAGCGGCAGCUUACUGCCUCGGGGCACUCGCAGACUGCGUGGCUGGUGACAUAUGUGAUGAAUCGUUACAUACGGUUUUUUCAUCGCCACUUUUCCACACACUCCAGCAAACAGAUAGCAGGCUGCCACCCCGCACGCGUCAGACCUGCAUAUUGCUUCUUGAACGAUACGCAGAAUUCUUCGAGCGUGAGACCGCGAGCCUACCAGCUGCCCUGACGCUCCUGUUCUCUGUCUUGCCAGACGCUGCGCUUGCCGGGCCUGCUGCCAAGUCCAUCCAACGCCUCUGCUCUUCGUCGCAGCAAAGUCUGGCCAGUGAAUCAGGUGCUUUCCUGGAUCAGUACAGCAUGUUAUCGACACGCCAGCAGAUUGACUGUGCCGCAAGCGAAAGGGUUCUCGGCGCCGUUGCUUCUGUUGUCUAUGCCAUACCAGAUGAUCAAGAACGACUCCGCUACCUCGAUACCCUGUUGAGCUUCGUACGGCAAGAUGUCAGCGACAGUUUGCGGGCCACAUCGUCGCCUGGAUUCGAGCACUCUCACCGGUGCCUUGUGGAACACGACGUUUCGAAUGUCGCGGAGCACCUAGCGCUCAAAUCCUUGAGGUGCCUCGUCAGUAUCGGGAAGGGCUUCAAAGCACCUGUAGAGGCCCCUAUUGAUAUUGAAACAGAUAGACUGCAAGUCCAUGCUUAUGCUGGCCAUCGGGAAUUAUUACUGGAGAUUCAGUCUGGUAUCAUUACUAUGAUCCAGCGACUGCAGCAAUCGUUUCCUGACAAUGCCGAAGUUGUCGAGACUAUCUGUACCAUUUUCAGGACAGGCUUUUCGGAAUCGGAGGCUGGACCGUUCGUGUUCCCACCAGAUGUCGUAGCUAAUUACCUGCUUCAACAAGGUCCACCGACACCUCGACUGGGCCUUUUCGUGAGCGCGGCUUGCUCGUUCAUUAGUUCACUUGGCAAGUCGCCCGAUGGCGGACUCGAUCUUAUUCGCUCCAAUCUGUUUUCUUGGGUUACGAGACUCUUACAACAGCUUCCAGAACCUGACAGCGAUACCGAACUAGCUCAGAUCUUCCUUGAUCCCGGGCUCUCGGGCUCGGCGGAGUUCUUCUACCUCUUUGCACUCCGAGUCCUUGAUGGCAGGGAGCCUUUGCCCAAGGCUGCCGCUGCUGACUUUUGGAGAGCUGCUGAAACAGCGACUGGACAACUCGGCCCUCUCCUAGCUCGGUCGCUCAUCAAGAAUAUUGGCGGAGGGGGUGCCAGAAGUGAGCUCGAUAAAUUGAGCGAGCCCCUCAAGAAAAUGAUAAGCCAGCACUCUAAAUCGCGCUCAUGGCUUGGGGAUGCCUUGCGAGAUGAGCACUGUGUAGGCUACCAAGUGACACAGCAGGAUCGAGAGGCGUUUCUGAAGAAAGUAAUCAGCCUCCGAGGCUCAAGGGCGACAAACCAAGUAGUGCGUGAGUUCUGGCUUGCUGCCAGGGGUUCCAAGUUCGCCUACGCGUCGUAA